GUCACCAGCCUAAGAGAACCUUUGGGCGUAAACAUUUAGGAUCACUGUCCAACUAUACUAUGGUUAUACUAUGAUAAUUGGACAGCCACCCUAAAUGCAUGUGUCAUGUUUACGCUAAAAUGGGCUCGACGUCGACUGUGGCUGAAAAGGUCAGCCCUUUCAACAUGGGUGGAAAACACAAUGCAGUCGGGUAGUCUAUAUUGAGGUGGAAAAUGCCCAUUACUAGCUUUCAACAUGGCCAACCCGUGACAAAUUGCAGGUAAUCUGCGGUAUGUUACAGGGAUUAACAGGUGGUGAUUGUUGAUAGCCAUACCAGGAAACAUUUACAAUAGGACAGGGCGGUGUAGAUCUCGUCUGUCUCAGUCGGCAUCCCUUCUGUUGAAUGGUUGGGCCCGUUUUCUCUUCAUUCAGACGAUGCUAUUGUUAGCGUGACUAUGAGGUUUUCUGGCUGGACUGGGCAUAUAAUUGUAGGCAACACACCGCCGACUGAAUCCAAACAUGGCUGCUGAAGAGAGAACGUCGCUGGACUCUCUGGUUUGGAGCGAUACCGAGAUGCGCCUUUCUGACAUAGAGGCGCAGUACAAGUUACCGCAGCUCACAAGGAUCACACACGGCACGUACAAGGCCCUCGGACCGCAGGCCUGCACAGAGAGCGAGGUCAUCCUACUGCAGGACGCCACAAGGGCAAGCAAGAUUAUGGCACGGCUUUUGAAAAAGGACCGUAAGGAUACCGGUCCCAGGCUCGCUAUUCCGCUCAAGUAUCCGGGCAAGUUUCAGAUGCUGCGUGGGCCCAAUAUCUCCCGAUCGUUUGAGACUGUGAAGCAGGUCGCCAACGUCUUUCCGUCCAAAAUCUUUGCCCGGGAAGACAUUCGGGAAGAUUCCAUAUUGCUGAUGAGCGAGGUGAAGCCGAGUGACAGUGUGUCGUCACGCGGGACUAACCCCGUCGUAGUCUCGGAAAACGACGAACUCCGGCCGCUCGGCGUUGUGGUUGCACGGCAGCGAAAGGAGAAACAGAAAUCAUUCCUCGGUUUAUUCAAGAAAAAAGAACCACCGAGAUACCUGGAAGUGGUCAGGAAAAAAGACGGAAAGCGAAUCCAGCUUCCCUUUUCCCUGAAGGCUCGGUUCAGCACGGGCGGGCCCGGCCAGCCAGGCAAAGUGGACCUCACCACGCACCUGACCGCUGAAGAAAUCGUCCGGAAGUACCCGCUUCCCCUGACCGUCCGUCUGGUCAGUGGUCAGCGACCGAAAACUAUCUCAAGAGAGGAGUUUGGUGAUGGAGUCAUGUACUUCGAGGCCACCAGGUCAGAGGUCGUCGUCUUGGCAACCACAGUAGAGCGGAGUGACAACAUCCUGCUGGAGUUCCCGCUCAAACGGAACAUGUCGUUCCGUGUGGCUGAAGGGAUGCUGAAGGUUGGAGACCUCCGGAGACAGUAUCACAUCACCAUGGCAACGUACAAGGAAAAACACCCUGUUGACGUCACCAAGUACUGCGAGAACAUCAAAGUACUCACCCGUCUGGAAAAGCCCAAGCCAAGUGCAGAAAAAUCACCGCAGCAGCAACAUGAAACAAAUGGUCUUUUGAGAGAGACAAUUCCACCCAGAGUUCCAGGGAAGCCCCUUGCGGCGAAGGCUAUACCUGCAGAAAACCUGGUUCCCAAUCCCAGCGGUAACGGUACUGAUGGAGUCGGAGAUGCUGCAGGUGUGGAACAUCUCCCUCCUCCGCCACCGGAGCUACAGAUCACCCCAAAACACGAGACCGAGACGUCAACGGACGACCCAGGCACACCUACUUCUCACACCGCGUCUCAAGCAACUACUGAUUCACACCUUUCGUCACAGGCGGGUGAAACUGUCCCUGAGGAGAGGGAAGCUGCUGAUGAUGAUGACAAGGACCGUGACGUCUCCCAUCACACACCGCGUGCCCUGUCCACAGAGGAAGUGGACUUACAUGUCCCCACACGAGCAGAUACGGACACAGAAGAACCACCUGACGGAGAUACUGUUGGUGGUGGGGAUGACAUAACCCAGUCAGUUCCCUCACGUAUAGUGAACGAAGUUCGCCAACAUGCCAACAAUGUAAGGGAGGCAAACGAGCGACUUGUUUGAAAAAAAAAGAAUUAGAUACAGUUGCAAGGACGAAAUGACGGCCAUGCCAUACAUUUCUAUACCCAGACUGAGAUGGGCACACAUGAAAACAUACGUACUAACAGCUUUUUGAGGUCUUGUGUAGCCUUAAAAAUGAGAGCCGACUCGUGGAUGGUAUUUUUGUGACAGUGGGCAAGACUAGUACUUAAUACAAACCAAAAACAUAAAGAGUCAAUUUUUGAAAGUAAUCAAUCUUGAUCGCCAAUAACCAUAGUAUGUAAACUCAUGUUGGUGUUGAGACUUAUCUUACGUAAGAGGUAUGGUUUGCUGUGGUUUUGUCACUGAUUACAGAAUUUUUGUUUGCCACAAACACAAAGGGCGGCUUAUCCAGGGCAUAAACACUGGGCGUUUCUAUUCCUAUAUAUGGGUAAUCCUUUUGAAGUCUGGUACACGUGUUGACGGAGAUAGUUUCACGCGCCUGUGUUUAUUACCUAUUUCUUAACUUUGUCUUUUCACUUUCAUAAGUAGCUUAUAAGGCACACCCUCUCAAAAUUGAUGUCUUGUGAUCACAAUUGGCAUCCAUAUUUAUAUUCUAUCAGUAUACUUUUAACAUUCUAACUGGAUCAUACAUUAGUAUUUUGACACUAAGAAGAAGGUAGUAUUGUCAUUUGGGUGUGAGGAAAUAAAAUAUAUUGAAUGCAUUACAGUAGCCAAGUGUCCCUUGUGUGUAUUGGACACUACCCGAUGCCUUGUAUUGACGCAUGUGAUGGUUUUGAUUUGAUCAAGGAGGUUAUGACAACAAUUGAAAUAUUUGGUUCUGUGUGUAAUUUAUACAUUAUGUUCCGGAAUAAAAUCCUGUGGCCUUCGAAUGGAGUCAUAAUGGCGCAUUGUGUAAAUAAAUACACGUCAGAUGGGCCGG